AUGACAUUUAUAGUGCCCUCGCGAGGAGUUCGUGCCCCACAAAAGCACGCAGUGUUGCAAGCGAGGCGUCCGCGGGGACCCGGUCCCUUGACGAGGUGCUGGCGCUUGGCACCCCUGCGGGCGAGCCUCGAAAGGCCGCGCUCUGUGACCCCUGCCGACGACGACAACCAGGUGCUCGGCUCGACCAAAGUACCGACUCGGAAACGGGAACCCACAAGUGCAUACAGUUACAUCGACAGGGCACGCAUCCGCGUCAAGGGAGGCGACGGCGGUGACGGGUGUGUAGCUUGGCGUCGAGAGCGUGGCAACGCACGCGGUGGACCCGCUGGUGGCAACGGUGGACGAGGCGGUGACGUCUACCUCGUGGCAGACGCCGGACUAAAUACUCUAGUCAAGUUCGGAAGUGUGGUUCACUUCACGGCUGAGAACGGAGAAAAGGGUCAGCCGAAAAACUGCACUGGCGCCGAUGGCAAGGCGCUGGAGCUGCGAGUCCCGCUCGGUACAGUUGUCUACGACGCAGAAACGGGAGCGCUCUUGGGCGAUCUUGACCAGGUUGGUGCGCGGUUGCUGGUCGCACGGGGUGGUCGCGGUGGUCGCGGCAACGCAGCCUUCAAAACGGAUCGAAACCGAGCGCCCGUUAUCCGCGAAAAGGGUGAACCCGGCACCGGCUGCUGGCUUCGUCUGGAACUGCGCGUGCUCGCCGAUAUCGGCAUUAUAGGGUGUCCCAAUGCUGGCAAAUCAACUUGGCUUGCAGCGGUGAGCAACGCGCGACCAAAGAUUGCUGACUAUCCCUUUACCACUCUGGUUCCGAAUCUGGGCGUCUACGCUGAGAACGUUGUCCUUGCGGAUAUACCGGGGCUUUGCGAGGGCGCCCAUCUCGGGCGAGGGCUUGGUAUAGGAUUUCUCCGCCAUAUUGAGCGCUGCCGCAUGAUACUGCAUUUGGUUGCAGGAGAUGCACCAGAUCCUCUCUAUGAUCUACAGGCUAUUCGUUUGGAGUUGGCGUUGUUCAAUCCGCGUCUGGUCCAAGACAAAUUGCACGUCGUGCUCUUUACGAAGAUGGAUUUGCCUUUGGCCCAGCAGCGUUGGAAUGAUGCUUCUUUCCGCGAGGCGUUCCAGAAGGCAGUGGGGCACCGCCGGAUUGCCGCCGUAUCAGCAGUUACGGGCCAGGGUGUAGAGGAAACCAUGCAGCGUGUAUGCAAGCUCCUGGAGAAAAUCCCGCAACCUGACCGCUUAAGCUCGCUGCCUGAUGCAUCUCCUGGUGUGCUAGAGCAAUCGCGGAGCCCAGCAGCCGCUGAUACCUUUCGUGGUGAUCAUGACGCCAUCGGUGCGAGCGUGGAUGGCACGUUCCGUAUCCAAAAGGAGCGAAUGGCAGAUGGCCAGCGGCGCUGGCGCAUACUGGGUUUGCCCAAGCUCGAAAGACUCGCUGUUAUGACGGACUGGGCGUACCCAGAGGCCGUGGAUCGCUUUCAGCGAGUACUUCGAGCGCUGGGGGUCACGGAGGCGCUCUCGCAGAGCGGCAUUCGCGCCGGUGAUGUUGUCGUCAUUGCGAAUAUUGAAUUCGACUAUACCCCCGAUGAUAAUGUGUUUUACCAGAAUGCCCUAGAGGACGGUGUGGACUUGUUUAAGGACACAAGCGAUGUCGAGAUCGCUGUGGAUGAGGAUCACGAUUAUCGUGAAUGGAGCGAAAACGUUUCGCAAUCAUAG